AUGCAGGAAAAGGAUGGCAAUCUUCUUGAAUCCGGCUCCAGGACAACGAGCACAGCAAGCGUGAUGGAAAGGCCACCAGGGCCACGAGGUCCUCCCCCAGAAAUUCUCUUAGCAAAGUCUCGACUCAUACUACUGAGUACCGCGCUUUGUCUUGGCCUUUUCCUCUCCUUCCUCGAUAGCUCGAUUGUCAGCACGGCUCUGGUAACAAUAGGAACAGACUUCAACUCACUUUCCAAUAUAAAUUGGGUGGCCCUGGCAUACACUCUCUGCGAUCUUGGUUGCGCCGUCAUGUUUACAAGCAUGAGUGAUGUUAUUGGACGGCGAAACGCAUACGUUGUCGCCUUUGUACUCUUCUUCUCGGGAUCCAUCGGCUGCGGCUUUGCUCGAUCUAUCAAUCAGCUUAUUGCUUUGAGAAGUAUACAAGGUAUUGGUGGCUCUGGACUAUACUCCCUUGCCAUGGUUAUGUUCCCAGAAAUAUUCCCACGCGCAAUGAGGAAGUGGAUCGGGGCUGUUGCUGGAGGUGUUGUUGGGACGUCCGGAAUCAUGGGACCCAUCUUGGGAGGUGUUAUUACCCGCUUUGCUUCUUGGAAAUGGAUUUUCUGGAUCAAUGCGCCGAUUGGUAUCAUUUCGAUCACAAUAUUUCUGCUCGCUUGGCCCAACAAGGAUCAGAUGUGUCAUGCUGAAAGAAAGCCGCUGAAACAGUUGGACGUUGUUGGAAGCUUCCUUCUCAUCACAGCUUCGGUGUUGGUCGUGUUCGCAUUUCAGGAAAGCGGUGUCCAUCCGAACUUCUGGGGAACGGCUCUUUUCAUUGCCCCUCUUGCGACAGGAGCUAUAUGCUGGUUCUUGCUUGUCGGUUGGGAAGUGGCGAUGGGAACUUUAUUACAAGACUCCAUAUCGCCCUUGUUUCCGAGAAGUCUUUUCACACGUCGAGUCUAUGUCUCUGGUGCUCUGACGGCCUUGAUCACUGGAUUUCCGUACUAUGUUGUCAUAUAUAACGUUCCUCUCCACUUACAAAUCGUGAACGGGAAGAGCCCUCUGACAGCUGGACUGGGAUUGUUGCCUCUGCUCUUUACAACUGCUAUCGGAAGUAUGCUUGGGGGUGCAAUCUCCAGCAAGAAAGACCUCUCAUUCUAUACUCUGACUGUCGGUUCAUGUUUGAUGACACUAGGGACUGGUCUCCUUUCGACAAUCUCGACUGGAUCUGCUGUCGAUCCUAAACUUUAUGGCUUCCAAGUUUUCGUGGGCUUAGGUUUUGGUCUCUCGGUAUCUACGUCAAGUAUCCUAGCCGCGAUCCAAUGUGAGCUCAAAGACCAUGCCACCGCACAAGGCAUUGUUGCUCAAGCACGGGUUCUGGGAGGAAGUUUCGGCAUCGCUGCAUCAACAGCAAUACUUGGCGUCAUCAAAGGCAGAGAGCUCUUUGGUAUCGUCUCGCCUGCUCAACUGGUCGCACUCAACUUUUCAACAUUGGAUUCAACACAGGCCCAUGCAGUAAGAUUGGCGUAUGCUCAUGCAUUCAGACAUACAUUGCGCGUAUCCACGAUCCUCUCAGGCAUUUCGAUCGUUUUUGCAUUCUCUUCAUUCCAGAAAGAACCUCCCACACUUGCCGAGCGUGCAGAGCAACAGAUACAGUUCGAAACCGCGAGACAGAUGGCCAAGCACCGACAACGAGGUCUUCAAGCGGCACCAAAGAUAGCCGGAACCAGUUCGCGAGAGUCUGAGAAGCCUUCUGUUGAGGUAUCCACUCCUGUAUAG